AUGAACAGAACCAAAGUGAAGAAAGCCAAGGUACCUGCAGGAUUGCCUGGAGGGCAGCAGAACAUCUCAGCAUUCUUCUCCAAAAGCCAAAAGGAAUUUCCUUCUUCCACAAAAGUAGCCAUCACUGGCUGCGUACCCAGCAAGACCGAGCCUCCGACCAAAGAUGACCAAAGCUCUCUGUUCAGACCCAAUUCAUCCCCAAAGAGGAGUAUCCUCGGGGACCUCGAAAAUGUCCUUCCCCUCUCCCCGGAUCUUAUCCUCUCUGUGCCUGAAACCCCAAACAGUCAGAUCAGGUGUGCGUGCUCCUCUUCGUCCAGAGAUGCUGGUUGUCAGUGCUCAGAGUCCAGCAGCGACAAAACCUGCCUGGCUAAACUCGGCCAGCUGUCCCCCAUCAGUCGCAGUCCCCGCUCAAAAGGUCAGAGGGUGCGAAGAAUAAUGAACGGGGUGGUGGGUCCUACCAAGAGAGAGGAUGGAUUGUCUGGCUCAUUGAAGAGACUCUUAUGUCCACCAGAUGAAUCCCUCAAUGCCAAGAGAGCAAGAGCUGCCAGUUCCUCACCACCAAGAGCUGCCGGCAGCUCCACAGGGAGCGGCCUGAAAGCGGAAGUGCCUCCGGCUAUCUCUGUGAGCACACCGCACCUUUUAAAUCAACAAUCCACUGGUCAGAAUGAGAGCGCCGCAGGUCAUAGCAGAGACGCAGAAAUAGAUUUUAGCAGCCGCAGGAGCACAGCGAUUUCCCAUCGGCCUGUUUCCGCCCUCUCGAUGGAGAGACCAGACCAGAGCGACUCUGGUUUUACCGCUUUAACGGAGACCAAAGCAGCUGAGGUGAAAGCCAAACAUCUGGAUGAAUACACAUGCACUGUUGCUCUCCAUCAACCUAAAGCCAGUGCACAAAAUGUCCCACCUGCUCUGGAGGAAACCACAAGAGCGCUAAUGAAAGCUGGAGAAAGAGCCCUGAAGACAUCAGAGCAGCAGCAAGCUGGAGGUACAGACACAUCCUGCCAAACGGCAUCCAUGUGUCCCAUGGAAGAUGGGUUGGAUGAAAGCUGGUUUACAGAGCAGAUGGACAGUUAUGGAGGCACAGAGGAUAAAUCCAAAAGGAACCGCAAGGUACCAGAUCACGUGAUCCUUUCCAGUGGCCCAAACAACCGUUACUGGGUUGUAGACAUUGAGGAGAGACCCAACUGCAAGACUCUGACCAUCUCAUGUUCCAGAUCUCUACAUCCAACUGAGACAUGCCUGCUCACCGAUGGAUGGGAGAUGACGCCUGUUUGUCACGGGGAUGUUGUGCACCUGGAGGGUCUCUGUGAUGCUGGGACCUGGUUAGUGAACAGGGAGCGGGGCUUCCUGGUUUUACUUCCCGACAGCCUCAUCUCAGGUACCAGCAUCUCCAACUCCAUCCGCUGCAUGAGACGCGCGGUACUGGGAGAUAUGUUCAAGAGUUUUGAUGGUGGCUCAAAGCAGAUGCUCAAUGGUACUAUGGUCCAUGAAGUCUUCCAGAGAGCAGCUACAGCUAAGGAUUUUUCUUUGGGGAAUCUAUCCAAGCUGGCCGACGAGGCACUUCGCAGCCCUCGUUACCUGGGAGACAUGUAUGCUCUGGGUGUAAGUCAGGAGGAGAUGAAGCAGGAACUGCUUGAUUACCUCCCAUCUUUGGAAAACUGGGCAAAAGAAUACCUCAGUUCUUCAGCACCAAAAGCCAUCAGCCUCAAAGCUCCCAGUAACAGCAGAGCUCCGGGCAGGCGUCAGGACUCGCCCGCUGUCGUCACCGUCACUGAGCUGGCUGAUAUUGAGGAGAAUGUCUGGUCCCCCAGAUUUGGCCUCAAAGGCAAAAUAGAUGUGACGGCACGGGUUCGAAUCCAAAGGCCGGGCGGCAGCACGCACAGAAUGUCAGAGGAUAAAACUCUCCCCUUGGAGCUGAAAACUGGAAGGGAGUCGAACUCGAUAGAGCACCGCAGUCAGGUGAUCCUGUAUACCCUGAUGAGCAUGGAAAGAUAUAAUCCUGAAGCUGGCCUGCUGCUUUACCUCAAGACUGGCAGCAUGCACCCCGUGGCAGCCAGUCACAUGGACCGCAGAGAGCUGCUGAAGCUGAGGAACACUUUGGUUCAUCACAUUCACAACUACGUGGUGAAAGGGGCAGACCAGAGCCACCUCUCCAGGCUCCCAGACAUUCUGACAGACAGACAGACCUGCCGGUAUUGUCCACAGAGGUUGAACUGUGCUUUAUACGAGAGGGUGGUGGAUUCCAGCUGUGCAGACACCGUUGAGGAUGUUGUCCGUGAAUUUUUACAACAAGAGACUGGCCACCUGACUCUGCUGCAUAUGAGGUAUUUCUCCCACUGGCUGCUGCUCUGUGGCCUGGAGACGUCCACCAUGGAGGCGAAGAACGGGCGGAAGCGCGUGUGGCUUCAGUCUGCUGAGGAGAGCGAGAAAAACGGAAGCUGUGCGGGGAACCUGCAGCUCAGCGGGCCCGUGACGGUGCAGGCUGAGGGAGUCUUCCUGCAUCGUUUCCAGCGCGGCAGCCUCACCUCUCAGCAGAGUUUGACCGACUGUGGGCUGACCAGCGGGGAUCGCAUCGCCCUGAGUGAUCAGGAGGGCCGCCUUGUUGGUAUGGCAACGGGAUACAUUUGCGAGGUCAGCAGAGCAUUAAUCAGCUGCACUUUGGACAGGGACCUGUCAAAGUUCAGGGACGUGUUGUUUCGGCUGGACAGCGAUGAAGGGGUGGUGGGCCUCAGCACUCACCUCACCAACCUCUCCAGACUGAUGGAAAACUGCCAGGACAGUGAGCGUCUGAGGGAGUUGGUUGUUGAUCGUCGUCCCCCAGAUUUCAUCUCUAACCUCAGCUCCGUUCUGCCCAGAGAAGCCAAGGAAACGGUGGCUAACAUCCUCAAAGGUCUGAACAAACCCCAGAAACAAGCCAUGAAGAAGGUGUUGUUAUCAAAAGACUACACACUGAUUGUUGGCAUGCCUGGCACCGGGAAAACCACAACCAUCUGCACCCUGGUUCGCAUACUGCACGCUUGUGGAUUUAGCGUUUUACUGACCAGUUACACUCACUCUGCUGUUGACAACAUCCUUCUGAAGCUGAAACGCUUCAGGGUUGGCUUUCUGCGUCUGGGGAAGGGUCAGAAGGUCCAUCCGGAUAUCCUGCCAUACACGGAGGAAAGUGUGAGGAAGAAGGGGAUUCACACGCUGUCAGAGCUGGAACAGCUAUAUAGCAAAGAACUGGUGGUAGGGACCACCUGUAUGGGCAUCAAGCAUCCCAUCUUCACACGCCGGCGGUUUGACUUCUGCAUCGUGGAUGAGGCAUCACAGAUCAGCCAGCCGAUCUGCCUGGGACCUCUCUUCUACGCCAAGAGAUUUGUGCUGGUUGGAGAUCAUCAACAGCUGCCACCAAUAGUACAAAACCAGGAAGCAAGGUCUCUCGGGAUGGAUGAAAGUCUGUUUAAACGACUGGAGCUCAACGCUGAGGCUGUGGUGCAACUUAAUGUACAAUAUCGAAUGAACAGGCAGAUCAUGUCUCUGAGUAACUCUCUGAUGUAUGACGGCCGGCUGGAGUGUGGAUCGGAGAAGACAGCAACAGCUCUGCUCGCGCUCCCCUUUCUGCCCUCUGUCCAGUCACAGCUCAGUUCCGACUCUCGGGCUCAUCCAAAGCUCGAUCUGUCCUGGGUCCACACCACCCUGCUGCCCAGCAACCCUGUCUGCUUCCUCGACUGCUCGAUGGUGCCUGCGUUGGAGUCGGUGGAGCAGGGGGGAGUGAGCAAUCGCACCGAGGCUGCUCUCAUACACAUGCUGCUGUCACUUUUGAUAAAGGCGGGGGUUAGGCCCAGUGACGUGGGUGUCAUCGCACCAUACAGGCAGCAGCUGAAGACCAUCUCGGCUGCGCUGCAGUCGGCUGCUUUCACUGGGGUGGAGGUGAACACCGUGGACAGAUACCAAGGACGAGACAAAAGCUUGAUUGUCCUGUCGUUUGUCAGGAGCACCACAGAGGAAGGAAAUCUGGGGGAGCUGUUGAAGGACUGGCGCCGCCUGAAUGUGGCCAUUACCAGGGCUAAACACAAGCUGCUGAUGGUGGGUUCUGCCACCACGCUGCGACGGUACUCUCCACUGGAAAAACUACUGAACUACCUCCAGCAGGAGAACAUGAUAUCCUUCAGAAAGCUUCCAACUUUUCUCAAUUUUUAG